AUGUCACAUUCUCAACCUAUUAUAUUUAAUAAUGAAUGGUCAAUUAGUACAACACAUGGUUCCAUAUUAUCAUCGGAAGGUUCAAAACGUCAAGAAUAUGAACAAAAUUUAGAAACACAUCAUUUACCUGAUAUGAUAUUUGAUAAAACAACAUUAAAAAUAAUUCAUUUAGGCAAUAACUUAGAAAUUUUAUUUAAUACAUUUGAUGCAUUAAAAAGUAUUGAUAUGCAUAAUAAUAUAGAACAUAUACCUAAAGUAUCAAUGAGUGAAAUAUGGACAAAAUCACGUAGUAAAGAUAGAGAAUUGGAUUAUGUUAAACCAUAUGAUUGGACAUAUACAACGAGAUACAAAGGUACUUUACGUUCAUCAGGAAAUAGUACAUGGCGUAUUGAAUCAACUGAUCAACAGCUUGAUUUAGAAAAACUUAAACGUCAAGAACCAAUAUUAUUUUAUGAUGAAUUAACACUUUAUGAAGAUGAAUUAGCUGAUAAUGGUAUAUCAAAUUUAAUAUUAAAAAUUCGUUGUAUGCCUAGUGGUUUUUUUAUUCUUCUUCGAUUUUUUAUGCGUGUUGAUGGUGUAAUUAUUCGAUGUUUCGAUACUCGUUAUCAUUAUGAAGUUGGAAAUAAUUAUAUAUUACGAGAAUAUACUGAACGUGAAUCACCUGUAUCAUUACUCAAACCAGAAUUUCAAUCAACGUCAGAUAUCAAUUCUCUUAUUGCACAAUUAAAAACUAAUUUACAUCAGUUAGAAAAACUUUUUUUUUAA